AUGCCGGGCACUGCCCCCCAAAGCCUCAGGGCCCUCCACUGCAAUGGCCUCUCCCCAGCUCAGCUUAGAGAAGACAGGCGGCCAGCAGCAGCAGCAGCAGCAGCAGCAACAGCAGCGCCGUUGCCUCUUGUGCACGCCAUCUGCCAGCAGGGGGGCCCCUCCCCAGCGUGUGGGGCCCGGCAUCAGGUGGGUCCCCUCCCCACAGACGCGCAGCAGCAGCUGCGGCAGCAGCUGCAACAGCAGCUGCAGCAGCAGCUGCACGCGACGCAGGACAAGCCGUGGGGUGAACCAGGUGCUUCCAUGCCUCACCCACAUUCUUCUUCUGUCUUUACUGGGGGGCCCCUGGGGGCUCCAGGGUUUGCUCUGCCUCUAGGGGCCCCCAGCAGCACCCGUAGCACUUCAGGGGGUCACGGGGUCCCGGGGGCCCCCAGGGGCCCCAAAGGGCUUCAGUCUUCUUUUAAAGUUGUCUUAAAGCAGCAGCAGGGCCCCUUUAAAGCCCUCAGCAGCGCAAUGGUUCAGAGCGCCACGAGGCAGCAGCCUCGGCAGCCGCCGCAGCAAGGGGUGGGGGGCCCCCGGGGCCCCUCGGUUGGGGCCCCGUCUGCAUAUCGUUGUCUUCACUUUAUAUCUGCUGCUGCCUCCACUACAAAGCCAUGGGGGCCCCUAGGCCGGAAGCAUCACCAUAGCAGCGCAGCACGCGCUACGCAAAUCGGCCGGGGGCCCCCAGAGGGACCCCCCGGGGGCCCCCAAAGACCCCCAAACGCAGCAACAACAGCAGCAGCAGCAACACCAGCAACAACGAAUGUACCAGGCCCCAGGGGCCUGCACACGCAGCGUGGCUGUAGGGGCUUCUUUAGGAGGCCCCUGGAAAACAACCGAAGGGUUCGAUCCUGGUGGCCGAGGGGCCCCAGCGGAAGGGGGCUCCCAGCAGCAGCAACGGCAGCAGCAGCAGCAGCAGCUGCUGCUGCUGCUGCUGUAGCAGCAGAUGCCAACUCCCCCUCAGGAGAGAACAUAGAGAGAGCGCAGCGCCCAGAGAGCCUCCCGCUUCCUGCUGCAGCGCUUGCAGGUCCUCGUGGCUGCAGCAAAAGCAAUAGCAGCAGCCGCAGCAGAAGCAGAAGCAGAAGAGGAGCUCUGUUAGCCAGGGCCUCUUCAAAGCCCUUGCCUGCUGCAGUUGCUGCUUCUUCAAGGGGACCUGUGAUUGCGCGGCGGGCCUGCAGCUCCUGCAUUAAGACGGCCCAGGGGAGUUGCUUCCCGCCGGCAGCAGCAGCAGCAGCAGGAGCAGCAGCAGGUGCAGCGGGAAGUGCAGCAGGAACAGGAGCAGACACAGCAGCAGCGACGACAGUGGUCGGUCAGGCAGCAGCAGCAGCAGUAUCCCUUCCCUGUACAGCGGGGGGGGGACCUGCAGAUACACCGCAGCGCCUCCCGGCCCCCACGCGCAGCUAUCAGCCUCAGCAACGAACAGGCAACGAAGGAGGAGGUGAGCAGACACCCCAAGGUCUCCUCCUUGAAGAGCGUAUGCAAACACCGGGUGCAGCAAGCAAGGGCCUCUUUCUACCGAGAGAGGGGCCCCCAGCCCAGGUAGGGCAGCAGCAGCAGCAAGCCCCAAGAGAUGUCUCUUCGGAAAGCAGAAGUCCUACACCGCAUGCAGCAGCAGGUGUCUCUGUUGCAGCGACACGCGCUGCUGCUGUCGCCAAGGCUGCUGCUGCUGUUGCUGCAGCAGCACAGGCAGAAGUGGAAGCUGCUGCUGCUGUUGCUGCUUGGGGAGACAGCAGGAAGUGCGCCCCUAGCUGCAGCACUCUAACAACAAAUGAGCAGCGGCGGGAGCAGCUGGUGCUGAUAUUAAGGCUGCUGCUGCUGCUGCCGCCUGAGCUGCAGCAUGCCAUUCAAGCCCGUCUCUUUAUGGUGCAGCAGCUGCAGCAGCAGCAGCAGCAGCACGGCUGGGGAUUCAGGAGCUCGCACCCCUGGCCGAAGAGAGCAGCAACAAGCGCAGACAUACCAGUGACGUUGAUGGCCUCAGGCGUCGUAAAAAACCCCUGGAUGCAGCAGCAGCAGCAGCAGCAUGCUGCAGCAACAGCAGCAGCAGCAGCAGCUGUUGCUGCGGCUUGCCCUUCACCGGCAGCACCCCACUCGUUCAAGGUUCGAGAUAGCAUGCGGCAGCCUAAUGGCUGCAGCAGCAAGUCUGUAGGCGCGGCGUUGAAGUUCCCCCAAAGCUGCGGGCAGCAGCAGGACCACGCCCAGCUGCAGCAGGAUACCCCACAGCAGCAGCAACAGCAGCAGCAGCAACAGCAGCACCAGCAACAACAGUUGCUGCGGCAACAGAGCGCAGCUAACUCCACAGUUAAUGGGUUGUUUAUGUCUGCCACGCUGCAGGCGUCUGCUGUGCUGCAGCUUACCCCUGGGCGGCAUGGGGGGGACAGGGCUGGAGCUCCCGCAGCAGCAGCAGCAGCAGCAGCAGCAGGGAGCGCUGCUGUGGUGUGUCCCUCACUUAGUUGCAAGAUGUCUAGCUGCAGGUGCCGCAACAGCGCGGCUGCAGGACUGGCGCAUUGCCCUGUCUCCUUCCCAGUUCACGGGCGCAGCUCUUUGCUACAGCAGCAGCAGCAGCAGCAGCAGCAGGAGGUGCAACAGCAGCAGCCUACGGGCGAAGGUGGGGGGGCCUCCUGCUGCAGCACCUGCACAGGGGCAGUCCCUGCGUCGUGCCGCUGUCUCCAUCGACUAGUCUCCUCAACUCAAGGGGCAGGGGCUUUAUUAAUAGUUGGGGGAGGGAGGGGUUCAGGUGUCUCCUCAUGGGGUGGGGGUGCAUGCAGGUGCUGCAGCGUAGCAACAGCAGCUGCUGCUAUCGCUGCCAGCAGCAGCAACUGCUGCGGAAACAGCAUGCAGCAGCAACAGCAACACCACCACCAUCAGACACCUGCUGCAGCAGCAGCUGCUGCUGUUGCUGCAGCAGCAGCAGCUGCUGCUGCUGCUGCUGGGGGACCCCGGUCCCAGCGUGGCAGCGCCCCGCUGCUGUGCUACUACUCUACAGCCAGCCAACUAACGGCUUCUAAUUCAGGGAGACUUCCCCUCUCACGAGCAGCAGAGUGCUGCCGCAUCAGUCACAAGAGCUGCUGCACCAACGGCUCCUCCCUGGGGCUGCAGCAGCAGCUCCAGCAGCAGCAGCACCAGCAGCAGCAGCACCAGCAGCAGCAGUUGAUGAGAGAACAAGGUAAUCCGGCUGCAGCAGCAGAUGCUUCUGCUGCUGCUGCUGCUGCUCCAGGGCCUAGCAGCACUCUAGGCAGCGGAGUAGAAGGGGCCCCUUGUUUCUCAGGCCAGCUGCAGUCGCCCUUGUGGUGCAGGGCGCAGCAGCAGAGGCAGCAGCAGCAGCAACAACAACAACAACAGCAGAGGGCCUGCAACGCAGCAGCAGCGCAGGCAUCCCAGCCCGUGGGAGUUUGCCAAGGUCCGUCUGGGGGCGGCUGCUGCAGCGGCAGCAGCUGCAGCAGCAGCAGCAGCAGCAAGAUCUGCAGCAGCAGCUACUGCAGCUCGCGGUUGGUGAAGCAAGGGCUGCUGCAUAUGCGCCUCUCUUCGAUGCCAUCUAUCCUGAGGCCUGAAGUCCAUUUAAAGGGUUCUGAAGCAGCAGCAGAUUUGAUGAAUAUAAGGGGCCCCCAAGGCUUGCUGCGUGCUGCAGUAAGAGGCAGGGAAGUAGGGCCCUGGGCCUUCUCCUUCCCUCCCCACACUGACAGCAGCACGGCACGCAGCAGCAGCACCAGCAGCAGCAACAGCAGCACCAGCAGCAGCAACAGCAGCAGCAGCACAAGCAGCACAAGCAGCAGCAGCACUAUUAGCGAUGGCGACAUAAGCACAACACCGCAAGGCGCGGAAGCAGACUCAGAGGAGACAGAGGAAAAACAGCAGAGUGAAGAGAUGGAGACAACACCAACUGAAGCUUUUGCUGCUUCGCCGCCGCCGCCGCCGCCGCCGCAGCAGCAGCAGCAGCAGCAGGAGGGCGCAGCAGCAACAGCAGUUGCUGCUGCGGCUGCUGCAGUAGUAGCUGCUGCUGCUGUGUCCCAAGGGUCCUCGCCGCUGCAGCAACUAGAGAGCGAGCAGCUACCUCGGCUGUUAGCGGGGGCGCCGCUGUCUCCUGGGGAAGACAGGUGUCUGUCUCCUGCUUCUGUCUCUCUACCUGCUUUGGAGAGUGCAGUCUGCUCCGGUGCUGCUGCUGUCUCUCCGGCUGCUGCUGUAACUGCGGCUGCUACCCCUUCUGCUGCUGCUGCUGUCUCUUCUGAUGCAGCAGAGGAGUCCCCCUUGAAGGCCGAGAAGACAGAAGACGUGCAGCUGUCUCCUGUCCCCUGGGACCCUGAUGAGGGGCCUCUUUUAUCGUCAGCAGAGCCACUGCCGCGGUGUCUUCUGUCUCCUUUGCCAGCGCUGCAUGCAUUGUGCAGCAGCAACAGCAGCACAGCAGCAAAGGGAUUGUUUAACCCCACCAGUCUCCUCUACAACUCUGGAGACCCCAGGAGAUACAACGGGCCCCUAAUAGACAGCGCAGUUGUCUCCUUUGAGGCAAUGGCAGCAUGUGCUGCGGGGGCCCCCCUGGUGGGGAGGGGCCCCCCUGAAGCUGUCUCUGCAAAGAAAGGCAAAGAGAAAGCCAAUGUGCUUCAGCAGCAUCAGCAGCAGCAGCAGCAGCACCAGCAGCACCAGCAACACCAGCAGCACCAGCAGCAGCAGAGGGUUUCGGCGCUUCUGGAGCUGCGGCUGCUGCAGCCAGAAUUGCGUACGAUGGCCUCUGACGGCUCGUUGAAGCAGCAGCAGCAAGGGAGACGCUGCCCUAGGUCUUGUCCAAAUUUGCAGCAGCAGCAGCAGCAGCAGGGUUCAUUAGCAGCAGCAGCUGCAGCAGCAGCAGCAGCUGACAAGCUGAUGCUGGAUGGGCUUGUUGCGGGUGUCUCCUGGGUUUGCAAGACACCGAGGAAACGAAGGAAGCCCCUCUUGCCUUUGAAUUGCUGCACUUCUUCUUCUUCUGCUUUCUCUUAUUCUGGGGGUAUGUUUCCCCCAGCUAGCCUCAAUGCCUUGCAGCAGCAGGGGCCCCCGCGCUUUGCUAAUGAGCCGCUGCACUGCGCAGCCCCUGCAGUGUCUCCCCUAAUAGGGGCCCCCUCGCCUUUAAGGAGGUCGGGGAGGCCCCCGGGGGCCCCUCCCCAUACACUGCAGCAAACGCAGCAGCAAACGCGCCGCUGCUGCUGGGAGCAAACCGAAGACGAAGGAGGCCUUGAGGAGACAACAGAAUUAGUGGAUGGAGACACAAGAAAUGAAGAGACAGAAACGAGGGGAGCAACCGCGCAAGAGGAAAAGACAGUCCGUUGCCGAUACUCUACGGAGACGGGCCUUGGGGGCAGGCAGGUGCUACAUUCAGCUGCAGCACGCCAGCGGCAAUAUGCAGCAGCAGCAGCAGCAGCGGAAGAGCGUGCUGCAGCAGCUGCAGCUCGAGAAAGAGCAGCAGCAGCAACAACAGCGGGAGAACGUGCUGCAGCACCAGCAGCAGUGGGAGAAGGUGCUGCAACAAGAGCAGCAGCAGCAGAAACAGUGGGAGAACGUGCUGCAGCAACAGCAACAGCAACAGCAGCAGCAACUCGUAUCGAAGGGCCCGAUGAGGAGGGCCAGUAUGAAGAGGAGUAUGAUUCGCUAGAGACGUGGGCGCCUCUGCCGGGUGCAGAUUGGCGCCUAAGCCAUGUAGGAGAGACUCUAAAGCAGCUGUCUCCUUAUCUGCUGGGCCCCUCAGCGAGUGACGGGCCCCGGGUGGAGACAGCAGAGUCCCUCUUUAAAGCCAUGACUAGCUGUCUUGGAGAGAGGCCUGCAGCAGCAAGAAGAGCAGCGCAUUUUCUCGCCUCUCUUGCUGCACCUCAAGGAGAUGUGCAGCGCCAAAGCUCAGCUAAGAAAGCGGGAGGGGGGCCUGAGGGCCCCCCCCAAGGGGGCCCCUUGAGGCCCCCCAGCAAGGGCCCCCAGAGGCCCCCCACCAAGGGCCCCCAGAGGUCCCCCAGCAAGGGCCCCCAGAGGCAUCCCAGCAACGACGCCCAGAGGCCCUUAAGUAAGAGGUCCCCCAAAGAGGAGGAGGAGGAAGGAGAGGGGCCCCCUGACCUCCUGUCUCUCUUUGCGUUUGCUGGCAUCGACGCUGAACACUGUCUCCCGGGGGGCCCCACAGAGGUGCUAAGGAAGGGAGUGGAGGCCCAGAGGGCCCUGAGACAUCAGCAGCAGCAGCUGUGGAGGAGUGUCUCCUUGCGUGCUGCUCGUCUGCUAGCAGCAGGAGACUCUGCUGCUGCUGUGGGGGCCCAUUCUGCAGCAAUUCAGCAACUCUGCCACAGCGCGCUGCAGCGGGCAGUGCUGUCGCGGCGAGCCUUCGGGGCCUUAGCGGUGGAGGACGAGAGGCGGGUGCGGCUUCUUCGCCGCUAUGCAGCAGUAGCAACAGCAGCAGGAGCAGGAGCGGAGUUGCACCCGGCCUCGCAUGCGCAACAGCAACAGGCGCAUGCGCCCCCCGUCCCCGAGGAGCAGACGGGGGAGAGGCAGCAGGUAGCAGGGGGGGCCCCCUUAAACACGUCUGCAGAUUCCUCUGCUGCUGCCGGAGUGCUGUCAGAGGGCCCCUCUGUGCCCGAGCUACUGCUGCUGCUAAGCGACACGAACGGCGUGAGUCAGCGCGAGUCUUCUGUGGGCCGCGCGGCCGAAGCUUCUCGUGAUGCAGCAGCAGCAGCAGCAACAGCAACAGCAGCAGCAGCAGCAGCAGACCGCCUCGCCAGCGAAGCAGCGGGAGCCACAACAGCAAGCUGGGGCUCGCAGGCCGCGCAGCAUAUGGUGGGGCCUCACUUGAAACUAACGGGAGAUGCGGUGCUGGGGUUCGAACGCAACCAGCAGACAGUCGCCGGGUUAUUAAAUGAUUUUGCUGCCUGGGAAUUCAGUUGUGCAGCAAAUAAUGAGGAGGAAGUGGCGUUCUUGCAGCAGCUGCAGCGGCAAUAUGCAGAGGCGACGGCUGCAGGUGGUUCUGAACUUCCCCUGGAGAAGUUUCUGCUGCAGAAAAGAGAAGAAGCGCUCAAGCGUCUACCGCCAGAGUUGGUUACCACCUCUGCGGAUCUACUGAUGGGAACCCCCCCAGCUCUCCAACGCGUCUUAAAUUUGUGCAAGUCUGACCAUCUAGCUAGUUGGUCAGCAGCUAUGAUAAUGAGGCUAUGCAGCAGCAACGUCGAGGGCCCCUGGGGGGCCCCCAUGACGGAAGAGGAGAGCUCGCAAAGCGAAGAAGCUGAUGCAUCCGGGGCCCUCGAAGACCGGCUCGAAGAAAUCAAUAAUGUGCUUAAGACCGAGCUGAAGAAGAUCCAAGAUGAAUGCGCUAAGGCGCUGAAAGAUGCAACAGAAUUGAUGCAAGACGUGAUGCCAGUGGAAUUUAAACGCCUCUUUUAG